UUUUCAAACCCAACUUCUCUCUUAUUACAGAACUUCUUCUCACAAGGUACAUCGAGACCUUUCGCGCCGCAAUUUAUGGUGCUGUUUCGGUAGUGAUGCUUCCCAACCUUUCGAUUGUCAAAAAACUUGGAUCCGUUCUCUUACUGAUAUACUGUCUCCUCAUUCUGGAGUUUAGCUUGCCGAUGGCAUUUCUCAAAGGAAGUGCUCAGAAUCGAUUAGCAGUGCACAAAAUCAGUUUUGUGAAUUUCACUCAACAUUACAAAUACGUCAUGUUGCCAGAGUUAUCUUUAUGUGAUGGCUCACGUGGGCACAAUCCUCUUUUGGUCGCUACUGUCCUCUCUGUCGCAAAUCAUAGCGAGCGGCGUCGAGCCAUACGUGAAACUUGGGCGUCACCUAGGGAAUCGGAUUCUAUAAGAACUGGUCGUGUGCUAGUGUUCUUUAUCAUAUCCUCUCCAGUUUCCAUACAUGAUCUGUAUAGUCUGCAAAAAGAGCAGAAAAAGCAUAACGACUUAAUUGUUACGGAUUUGCCCGAAUCCUAUGAAAAUCUCUUUAUGAAGGUCUAUGCAUCUAUUGUCUUUCACCAGCAAUACUGUCCUAAGGCACAGUUUCUUAUGAAAGUAGAUGACGAUGUCGUGGUCCACCUUGAUCGAAUGAUCGACUUGUGGAAGAGGGGUGUUGGAGCUGAUCGCUCUAUGUUCUGCCAAAUAUGGACGAAGUCACGGCCGAGGAGAGAUCCUCGGAGUAAGUGGUAUGUGCCGAAAGAGGUGUGGCCGGAACCUUACUAUCCUGGUUACUGCAAUGGCCCUAUGUACAUAAUGGGUAAAGAAGCUGGACAACGUGUACUUGAUUACGCACAGAUAUUCCCGCCACUUACUAUAGAGGACAUACUUUAUACUGGGAUUAUUGCUGAAGUAGCAGAUAUACAAAGAGUUCAAUGGGGUGUCAGUAUGAUGCCCGUUUCUCGGAACGUAUGGCGAGGGCGACUAAGAUGCAAUUCGUUAAAGAAGCCAGUGGUAUUUUCUAUCCACUCGCUACCGUCUUCGAAGCACCUUCGGAAAGGUUUCGAACGCAUGAAAGCUUAUAAUUGUACCUGAUGCCGACUAAUAUGAUUCAAAAAGCAGUUUGAAUGUCAUUAGCUCACUCAUUUUUUCGCUCAUGAGCUUGUGUGCUUAUAUCGGGUGUUAACAAAUAGGAUUCAAAUCUAUCAUUUAUCAAUAAAGUUUGAUAUGCU